UUGUAUUAAAGAGCUUAAAUAAUUCAUCAAAUAUUAAUGAUGAUUUCUUAAACGAAGUAAAAAUCAUUUACAAUGUUAUACGUCAGCUGUAUACAUAUAUGGAAUAACGCAAGAUCCAGAAACAUCAAAUUAUAUGAUAGUAAUGAGAUUAAUGGAAAAAGGAAAUCUAAGAUCUAAUUUAUCAAUAAAAAAAAAUAAUCUAUUUGAAAAAUAUUCUAGUUUAAUGUAUAUCGCACAAGCACUUUUAACUUUACACAAGCGUAAUUUAGUUCAUGGUGAUUUUCAUAGUGGAAAUGUACUUCUAAAUAACCCUGACAUUCAUGUUAUAAGCGAUUUCGGAUUAAGUGGACCAGUAGAUAAAACUGCUAAUACAAAUGAAAUUUAUGGAGUAAUUCCUUAUAUGGCUCCGGAAGUAUUGCGUGGGAAGCCAUAUACUAAAGCUGCUGAUAUUUAUUCUUUUGGAAUUAUUAUGUGGGAACUUACAUCUGGUAUUCCUGCUUUCAACAAUAGAUCUCAUGAUUUUGACCUUUCCUUAGAUAUUUGUAAAGGAUUGAGACCAAAAAUUGUUGAAUGCACAUUACCUGUAUAUGUAAGAUUAAUGAAGAGGUGUUGGGAUUCCGAUCCUAAUAAAAGACCAACAGCUGAUGAAUUAGUAGAAAUCCUUUCUAUUUGGUAUGAUUGUGGUGAUAAACUUCUUAAGCUAGAAUAUGAUUCAAGAAUACCUGUUCCUAGUAAGUCAAAAAAAAUUAAUUUCUUUAUUAAGUUAAUUCUUAUUUAA